GCCCCCGGGGUCGUGCGCGCCUGUCGUCGUGCCCUCGGCCGCUACACGCUCUUCUCCCCCGAGUGAGAGUGGCAGAGAUGUUGAGCUUCCUGAGAAGAACACUUGGCCGCCGGUCUAUGCGCAAACAUGCUGAGAAGGAGCGACUCAGAGAGGCACAGCGUGCUGCUACACACAUCCCUGCAGCUGGAGAUGCCAAAUCUGUCAUCACAUGCAGGGUGUCCCUUCUGGAUGGUACAGAUGUUAGUGUGGACUUGCCGAAAAAAGCCAAAGGACAAGAACUAUUUGACCAAAUUAUGUAUCACCUGGACUUGAUUGAAAGUGACUAUUUUGGUCUGAGAUUCAUGGAUUCAGCCCAAGUAGCUCAUUGGUUGGAUGGUACAAAAAGCAUCAAAAAGCAAGUAAAAAUUGGCUCACCCUAUUGUCUUCAUCUUCGAGUUAAGUUUUAUUCCUCAGAACCAAACAAUCUUCGUGAGGAACUAACCCGGUAUUUAUUUGUUCUUCAGUUAAAACAAGAUAUUCUCAGUGGGAAAUUAGAGUGCCCCUUUGAUACAGCAGUUCAGUUGGCAGCUUAUAAUCUGCAAGCUGAACUUGGUGACUAUGAUCUUGCUGAACAUAGUCCUGAACUUGUCUCUGAGUUCAGGUUUGUGCCCAUUCAGACAGAAGACAUGGAACUGGCUAUUUUUGAGAAAUGGAAGGAAUACAGAGGUCAGACACCAGCACAGGCUGAAACCAAUUAUCUGAAUAAAGCCAAAUGGCUAGAAAUGUAUGGAGUUGAUAUGCAUGUGGUCAAGGCUAGAGAUGGGAAUGACUAUAGCUUGGGACUAACUCCAACAGGAGUCCUUGUUUUUGAAGGAGAAACCAAAAUCGGCUUGUUCUUCUGGCCCAAGAUAACCAGAUUGGAUUUUAAGAAGAAUAAAUUAACUCUUGUGGUUGUGGAAGAUGAUGAUCAGGGUAAAGAACAAGAGCAUACCUUUGUCUUUAGACUAGAUCAUCCAAAGGCCUGCAAACACUUAUGGAAAUGCGCAGUGGAACACCAUGCCUUCUUCCGUCUCCGAGGACCUGUCCAAAAGAGUUCUCAUCGAUCAGGAUUCAUUCGGCUAGGAUCACGAUUUAGAUACAGUGGAAAAACAGAGUAUCAGACCACAAAAACUAACAAACCCAGAAGAUCGACCUCCUUUGAAAGAAGGCCCAGCAAGCGAUACUCCCGACGGACCAUACAAAUGAAAGCAAGCACAACAAAACCUGAAGAUCUUGGUGUUCAUAAUGCUUCAACCCAGAAAAAUGACUCCCAACAGGCUUGGGGUGUGAGGUCUCCUGUGCCUAUGAGUUCUUCCUCAUCCUCUGGUCCUGUGCUGGUGGAGAUAGAGAAUCUUCCACAGAAUUCCGCAGCAGACCAACACGACAGGAAAUGCUUGCCUCUGAAUGUUGAUUUGCUGAGUAGCCCAGACCUACUAGAAACAACCGUUGGUGAUGUAACACGGACAUCAGAUACUUGGGAACCCUCUGCAGCACCAGAUGGCAUUAAUGUAGUUACCAGGUCCAAUGCAUUAGAGGAGCCCAGAGUUGAAUGUGAAACAUUAAAAGAUGAUACGGAGAAGCUCAAGCAGCUGGAAAUGGAGCAGAACAUCUUGCCAUCUCCUCGACCUCCCGUUGUUGACAUUAAUGUCAACAGUCAGGAAGAAGUGAUAAAGUUGACUGAGAAAUGUCUUAAUAAUGCCAUUGAGAGCCCAGGAUUGAAUGCAGUAAAGGUUCCUCCUGACUUCAAGAGCAACAUUCUGAAGGCUCAAGUAGAAGCAGUGCAUAAGGCUGCAAGAGAAGAUAGUUUAACUCAUAAAAAUUCCAGUGUUCAGGAAGCUGCCACAAACAGUACUGUAGUAAAUGAAAACAGUGUGCCCGUCGGCAAAGACUCCCUCACUCUGGAGCAUGCCACAGCUGCAGACAGUGGAUCUGUUCUAAAGGAUGCUACAGACGAAUUGGAUGCCUUACUUCUUUCUCUAACUGAGAAUUUGAUGGACCACACAGUUACACCGCAAGUAAAUGUGUCUCAGAACAGCAAGGUGUCUUCAUCAUCCACAAUCACACCCCGGUGGAUUAUUCCACAGAGUGCUGCCAUCACCAACAGACUCGCAGGAUGUGGGGCAUCUGUGGCAGGGACACAGGGCUGUGCUACUAAGGAUGGAUUCUCACUCAUUUCGCCCCCAGCGCCGUUCUUGGUGGAUGCUGUGACCAGCUCCGCUCCUCUGCCCGAAGACCCAGCCUUGAAGCAGAAGUGUUUGCUGACUACUGAGCUCUGAGGGCUUCUGCUCCCCACACUAUCCCGGCAGCCCUGAAUCCAGCUGGGUCCUUUACUUGGGGAAAAACUUCUACCUGGAUUUGAACUCAGCUCCAUGAAGAAAGUAGCUACAUUAUCCGUCCAACUGCAAGUCUACCCCUACGUAACUGAAGACCCUUUACAU